AGCUUCUCAAUGGGGGGAUGCAGCCAAGAGCAGACAGAGCGGUCAUUCCACCGGAGCCUUCCGCUGCACGCGUGAGAGGGGGACGACAAGUGAGGAGGGUAAAGUAGCCCCCUCCCAUCAAACCCCCCCACCAACCCACCCCCUUUUCAUCUCAGCAUAGGAGUUUUUCUGACGGCUGAAGGGACACUGAAAAUAAGGAGAGAACACAAAAGUGGCUGACAUGACCUGCCUUCACACAUCCAUGUCCAGUUUGUGACAAAGACCCCCACCCUGACUGUUUUUAUUUUUAUUUUAUUGCUUUCAGGGUGACUGACCUGGGAAGGAUUGCUUUUUUUUCCUGAGGAGGGAACAAAAGGAGAUAAAUAAUAUUUUAAACCUCCUUUUUGUGCUUAUCUGGUGGUGGAAUUUCCAGCAGAGAUCCCUGGCUUCACAGGAUGGAUGGAUUUAAGAGAGAGGAGUGAGUCUGCUGAGGAGACGAGCAGAUUCUGACUGAGCCUCUUUUCCUCCACUGCUCGGACUCAGCCUUAUCAUGUCCUGGUUGUUGGUCGUGUGGAUUAGCCUCGGCUUCCUGCUGCUGUGCCAGGCCACGCUUUACCAGACCAUCCAGCAGCACCACGUGGCCCGGCCAGGUCGCACCGACAUCCUCACCCUGGAGGGUGGAACAUGUGAGGUGAUUGCUGCCCACCGAUGCUGUAACAAAAACCGUAUCGAGGAGCGCUCUCAGACAGUCAAGUGCUCCUGUUUACCUGGGAAAGUGGCGGGGACGACACGCAACAAACCCUCCUGUGUGGAUGCAUCCAUUGUAAUUGGGAAGUGGUGGUGUGAGAUGGAGCCGUGUCUGGAGGGAGAGGAGUGUAAGACUCUGCCUGACAACUCCGGAUGGAUGUGCUCCUCCGGAAACAAGAUCAAGACCACAAGGAUUAAUCCCAGGACCUAACAGAGAGCGCCCGCCGCAGGGCUGCGUUCCAGGCUCUUCCUUCAUGUGCACCUUUCCUUUCCCCAUCGAAUGGUCUAAAAACUAUUACAUCUGCAGCUGCAAACUGGCUAACAUGGGAGCACAGAAAGGACAUCCACCCAGACAGAACAACUUUGCGUGCGUGGUGCCAUGGAUUUAAAAGCAGACUAAUCCUCAGUAUGAUCAAUGAGCCUCCAUGUUGGUGACCCUCGUCUCUGCUGUAGCUGUGGCCAGUGUCCAACCUGCUGUCUUUCUGUUUCUUCACUCGUCUUUUCCUGAACACCAGGGACAGCUCAGCAGGGGUCAUUUUCAGCUGGUUAAACACCUGAGGACAAUCUCUUGGCCAGCCUGCUGGUUAAGAGGCUUGCAUGGAGAUCCACAAAAUUAAGAGCACGGAGUCAAAAUUAUCCCCGCUCCGUUAUUUCUGCGUGGAAAAUAUUAGUAAAGGACUUGCUGCUGGAGACGGAUGGCAUCGCUGUGAAUCGAAGGAGGACAUUUAACUGGAAAAUAAAAAACUCCGAUUUUCAGAAACUGCAUCAGCAGCACACAACGAGAUAAUAAGGACGCCAUCUGGUCUGCCUUCAUGACCUGAGCUCCAUCCUUCAUAGGGAAUAUUUUGACGUUUAUUGCUGGGCAUGCCCAUUGUAGAUUCAUGAGCACUUUUCUUUUUUUUUAUUUUUAUGUCAGAUCAUUUGUGUAUAUAAACACAUAUAUAAAUACAUUAC